AUGGCACGUGAACUGAUACUCGUGCCGAAAAUCAAAUAUGAACAUUUACUGAAAAGUAAGGACAUUUCCGAGCAAAGAGAGCAUAAUGUGCAAGUGGGUGGCGAACAAGUAGAAAAGAUAGACAAAACCCCGACAACAUCCGAUCAUACCAUUCAGGGACAAACUGAAAAUCACACGCUAAAUCAACAAGGUGGACGCAAGGCAGUCAAAGAACGCACUUCAUUACAAGGAAGAAACGCUUCAGUAACUCCAUCAUCGAACGAUGCAAGUGAUAAACCAGACGAUACUGUUGUUGAAGAUGAUGAAGAUACACGAGACAAAAAUAGGGUUGUUGAAGAUAAUGUUGAUAUACAAGACAACAAUAGAAUUGUUGAAGGCAGUGUCGAUAUACGAGACGAUAAUGAGACUGCUGAAGAUGAUGAUCGUAAUGAACAGCGGUUGUCCCAGAACAAUGAGACCAACGCUAACAUGGCGAACACGUCUCUACAUCCUGUUGAUGAGGGAUCGGAACUGGUAGAUCACUAUCAACAGUACGAAAACGAAAUCAACAUGACCGGCAUCUGCUACCCAGUCGCAUUAUCUCAGAUUCGUAAAGUAGAACAUCAAAACGAAAUCAUUUCCAUCAACGUGUUUACGUAUGAAGAUGGUUCGAUUCUUCCAUUGAGAAUUACUGAACAACGUCAUCGUCAGCAUCAUAUCAAUUUGCUUUGGUUGAAAUCUGGAGAUAUUUCCCACUACUGCCUUAUUACGAAUCUAAAUCGUUUCUUAUCUCGGACCAAAUCUCAUCGCUCGCAGAUGCAUUUCUGCUCUUAUUGUUUGCACGCAUUUGUCAAAGAAAAUUUAUUGGUCGAACAUCAGCAGUACUGCUCGCCUCAUGGUGCGCAACGAGUAGAACUUCCGGAAGUCGGUCAAAAUGACAUCUUGGAGUUUAAGGAUUACCAAAAGACGUUGAAAGUACCAUUUGUUAUAUACGCCGACUUUGAGACUGUCAACAGGAAACUACAUACAUGCGCUCCAAACCCAAAACAGUCAGCCACUACACCUACAACCAAACUUGAAGUGUGCGGGUUUGGAUAUAAAGUUGUAUGCGAAGACGAACAAUACACGAAACCCUCCGUGAUUUAUAGAGGUGAAGACGCCGGAAAACAAUUAAUAGAACAUUUGCUUCGAGAACAAGAUAGUAUACAAAAUAUUCUAUCCACGGUUGAACCCAUGCAGAUAACGGAGGAACAUGACAAUCUCAUCGAAAAUGCCACCCAUUGUUGCCUCUGUAAACAACGCUUUACGAUGUAUGAUAAGAACUAUAACAGGAUAGUCAGACAUCAUAACCAUCUCACGGGAAAGAUAAUUGGUCCGGCAUGUAAUGCGUGCCAUCUAAGCUGUAAGCAGGCAAAGUUCAUUCCAGUGAUAUUUCAUAACCUGAGAAAUUUUGAUGCUCAUAUUCUAUGCGAACAUUUGGGUGACUUCAAAGACCGCAGGCUACAAUGUAUAGCUUCAAAUGCGGAGCGUUUCGUCAGUUUUUCUUUAGAUGGUUUAAGAUUUAUUGAUAGCUUUCAAUUUCUUCCCGCUUCAUUGGAGGCUUUGGUAGACAAUUUAGCUCAAGAGGAAUUGAGAGGUUUCUCGCAAUUACUAUCUGAAAGCGCAUCGAACGAAGAAGCCCUGCUCCUACUCCGCAAAGGCGUUUAUCCAUACGAGUACAUGGAUUCCUUCGAUAAAUUUGAGGACAGAGAAUUACCAUCGAAAGAACAAUUUUAUUCUACCAUCAAGAAGGAGCACAUUUCGAAUGAAGAUUAUGAACACGCGCAGACCGUUUUUCGGACAUUUGAAAUGUCUUCGAUGGCAGAUUAUCACGAUCUGUACCUGAAAACGGAUGUUUUAUUACUAAGCGACAUUUUCGAGUCCUUUCGAAAUUUAUGUCUUCAGCAGUAUGAAUUAGACCCGUGUCAUUUUUACACUUCACCGGGUCUCUCUUGGUCCGCUUGCAUGAAAAUGACGGGUGUCCGAUUGGAGUUGCUGACAGACAUUGAUAAAAUACUGAUGGUUGAAUCUGGUAUUCGUGGAGGCGUGUCACAGAUCUCUCAUCGUUAUCGAAAAGCAAACAAUCCGUACUUGGAAGAUUAUGAUCAAUCACAACCGAGAACAUUUCUACAAUAUCUAGACGCAAAUAAUCUUUACGGAUGGGCCAUGGUUCAACCCCUACCGAUAAGUGACUUUGCAUUUAUGAAUGAGAUAGAGAUUGAAACUUUCGAUGUUAUGUCGAUUCCAGAAAAUGGAGACAGCGGUUACAUCCUAGAAGUGUCUUUAGAGUAUCCCCGAGAUCUCCAUGAUGAGCAUAACUGCCUUCCCCUAGCUCCCGAGAAGAAAACUAUUUCCGACGAACAACUAUCACCGUAUGCCCGACAACUACUGAGAAAAUUAAAUGGACUGUCUGAAAAUGAGCCCGUUUCUAAUCGAGGCAAGGUGGAGAAACUGUUGACCACUCUGGAGGAUAAAGACCAUUAUGUCUUACAUUAUAGAAACUUACAGCUUUAUCUCAGUUUAGGCAUGAAAUUGAAAGAAGUACACAGAAUACUAAAAUUCAGACAAGAGCCGUCGAUGAAAACGUAUAUCGAUCUUAACACGGAAAUGCGAAAAAGGGCCACUUCAACUUUUCAGAAAAAUUUCUACAAGCUAAUGAACGUCUCUGUAUUUGGCAAAACCAUGGAGAACGUCAGACUUCACAAGAACAUUCAACUGGUUCAUACAGAAAAGAGACUACGAAAGGUCACUGCCAAAGCUACCUAUAAGCACGCCAUCAUCUUCAACGAGAACCAAGUCGCGGUAGAGCUACAUAAGGCAAAGGUUGCCUUAUUUAAACCGAUUUACUCAAGUUUUUGCAUACUUGACCUGAGCAAAUGCCUGAUGUACGACUUUUGGUAUAAUUAUAUCAAACAAAGGUAUGGGAACGCGAAAUUAUGUUUAACCGACACAGACAGCCUUUUAUUCUCGUGCCAAACGGAAGACCUAUAUCAUGACAUGAAGAUGUCGGCGGAGUAUUUCGAUACUUCGGACUAUCCCGAGGAGCAUUUCCUCCAUAGUGAUCGUAAUAAAAAAGCCUUAGGAAAAAUGAAGGACGAGACGAAUGGAAAACCUAUUGCGGAAUUUGUCGGACUUCGGUCUAAGAUGUAUAGUUUCACGUGUGAUGGGGAUUAA